UAAAAAAAUAUCAAAAAUAAAUGAUUCUAAUGAAACAAUAAAUGCAAGAAUGAUGACUCAAAUUAAAAAGACAAGGAAUAAGAAAAGUAAUAUAUCUAUUUCACAAACUAAAAACAUUACACAGAAAGAAAAACAGAAAAGAACAAACACUAAAAAGUUAUCUAAAGAAGAGAUGAAUAUCACAAUACAACCUGAAGAAAUUGUCACAUCUAAUAAUUCUAACACGAAUAGACGAAAAUUAAGAAGUAAAAAAAGGAAAGUUAUUAUAAGAAUAAAUAAAAAUGUUUCUAAUUUAAAACAAAUAUCUUUAAAAGAAUCAUUUUUAAACCAGUCGAAAAAAAAAUGUUUACGUUCUCAUAAAAAAUCUAAAAGUUCCAUGAAUGAUACAUUAGCAAAAAAGUCAGUUGUAGAUAAAAAAAAGUUACCAAUAUAUGAAUCUAUUUCACCAGAAAAUUCUAAAGAAAAUACUAAUGAAAUAUAUGAAUUUAAAUUUGAUAUUAAUGACUCAAAUGAAAGACUACCAAGGAAACGAAAGAAAAAAGCUACUGUGAAAAAGACAUUAAUAAACAACAAAAGAAGGAAUGUUUCUGUAAAACAAGUUAACAAAAAAAAAUCAAAUACAAAUAAAUUUGAAGAAAUAAAAAGGACAGAUUUUGUUGAAUGUAAAAACAAAAAUUCUACAGAACCUGUAAUUGAAAGUGAAACUAAUGUGUUAAAAGAUGUGUUAAUGGAACCUGUGAAAACAGAUGUAAAAGUGAAUAAAGAACUAAGAGAUUCGGAAAAUGUAAUUAAAAAUGUAACUGUUGAUGAAACAGUUACAAAACCUACAAUUAUAUCAAUAGAAAAUUUAAGUGAUACAAAAAUUUCAAUGAUGAAUACCUCACAAACAUCAAACUCAAAUGAUUUCAAAGCAUUUAAGCCAACAAAUAUUUUCAAUAACAGAAAAAAUGUGCUUAAUUAUUCUUUAUUUGAAAAAUCCUUAUCACCAAUUGUAAAAUCAUUUGAAAAUCCUCAAAUGUCUUCUAGUCCUUGGAGACCAUCACCGUUUCAUGCUUUCUCUCAAGUAGAAAAUGUAGUUCAAAGUACACCUCAAAGUAAUAAAUAUGAUGUUUUGAAUAGAAGAUUUUUGCGAACAUUAUAUAAUGAAUCUAAACAGAACAGAGUUAUAGCGAAAGCAAAAAAUGGUUUACAAAAGAAUAAUGAAAAUAUGAGUUCAGAAAGGCAGAUAAGUAGUAUUCCUCCAAAAAGCAAAAAUUCUUUCAGGAAAUUUGGCACUGAAAUUACAAACAUAGAUCAAUCCUUUCAGUCUAAGUCUUCAAUUGAGCGAAUACCAACUGAAAUUGAAAACAUCCAACCAAAUAUACAAUCAAUCAGUGCAACAUCUUCUAAUGUAAAUAAUAUAUUUAAUUUUGAGAAUAAUGAAAAUAAAAAGAGUAACGUGUUAAGCCCAAAAAAGAACUUUAAAGAAGAAAUAAAAAAUGUUGGAAGCAAAAUUCAUCAAGAACAUGUAUUAGGUAUGCAAACUGAUGAACAAAGAGAAAUUUUUGAUCCUCAACCUGGAACAUCAGGUUUGCAAAGCCAAUUAUCAAUUCCUAAACCAAGAAGCAUAUUAUGGCAAUCAAAUUUAAAUAACUUUUUAAAUAUAAUGGAAAUGCCUCAGAACACUGCAAUCAAAACAACACAUGGAAUUUUUGAUGAUAUAGAAACAACAGCAAUUAGUAGUAGAUCAGUGACAAAGAUCAAUAAAUCUAAUAUGGAUUUUAAAAAUGCAUUUGGUUUUAGUGAUGAAGAUUCUGAUCAAGGAAUUUCUUCUACUCAAGGAAAAAUUAAGAAUGAUAAAGAAAAAACACCUACUCAGUUAAAAACUGGCCUAAAGAAUAAGAAGUUUGUUACACGAUUAUCAAUUGAUGAGAUUAAAAAUAAAUUAGUAACUAAAAAAUUAAAAGAGGAAGUACAUAAUAAAGAAAAUAUAUUAAUUGAAAACAAAAAAACGAAAAAGUUACCUAUUGAGAAAAAAAACAAACAAAUUGAUAUUGUUAACUUUUCUGAUACCUUUGAUGUUUUAUCUGAGACAGGUGUAGCAAAUUCUACAUCUAAUAUUCCAUUAUUUACUGAUCUUGAACCAUCUCAUUUUACAGAGCCUCCACGACACUCGUAUAAACGAAAUCGUUCCACAAGUUUUAGUUUUUUAGAAGAAAAUGAAGAAGAGGAAGAAAGAAUGUUUGCACAUGAAAUAAAACGAAAGAAAACUAAUAAAUUAAAAAAGGAGCAAGAAAAAAGAUUGAUGGAGUGGAUUGAAGAUAUUAAUAAAACAUUUAGUGAAGUUGAUCAACAUGAACUUGUAAUCGAAUAA